CAUACAUCCCAGAAGAUCUACCUGCCUUCUUACCAAACACCAAAUUCAACCAUGGAUCCCCAGUCAGCAACCCCUUCCGCGCCCCUCUUCUUCUCCCACACCCCACGCACCCAGCUCCUCCUGCACUCUGCCCUCUCCUCCGCCGAACUUUUUGCUGCCUUUGCACCCCCGGCAUAUCUCGUUUCGACCCUUGUCCUCAGGCGGAGACCAUUCUCUAUAAGAGGCCUGAUGUACAGCUCGAUGGGUGGUGUUUUGGCUGGCGCGGUUGUGGGUGGUGGGUAUGCCUAUGUAAGAGGGAUGGGGGAGGGUGAAUUGAAGGUGAGAGGGAGGUUGACCAAGGUCGCAAUGGACGAAACGCAAGUCCGCCGAAAUGACUAUGCCACCAUCUCCGCUGCCUUGUCCGCCCUCCUCGUCCCGGCCGUCUUUCUCAAUCGAGCUCGUUUACCAAUCCUUGUCCUUGGAGGCGGAAGUAUAGGUUUAGGUGUGGGAGCUACAGCUUUUGUGGUGGAGAGAUUAACAAAGGGGCAGGAUACUGGCGUGAACAUGCCUGGGGACGAGAAGAGUCUGUAGUGAAAGGCGAUUAUGCAGAC